UGAGGGAGGGCUGGUGUCUAGGUGUGAAGGCACCUUGAGCCCUUUUGGUCCCUCGCAGUUGCUGUAGCGUCCCUGGUAACCGCCCCUAGCAACCGCCCGCCGCCCGCUGAGUCUGCGAUGUGGCGGGAGGCGCAGGCUGACCCACCCCAGGCCGGCGCGGGCGCUCGCGCUCGGAGGCGGGGCGAUGGCUUCCCCGCGCUGGGCGGCCCGACCGACGGCCGCCCAUAUUAUCCACCUGCCGCUCUAUCCCAGCGCCCGAGCACCGGCCGCCCAGCACCCGCGCGAAGACUCCUUAGACACCCCGGUGGCAGCGGCGUUGGAGACGGCCUUGAAGGAAACGCAGAGAGGGAUGCGGCCCGUGCGGACGUCGACCGAUUAUAACGCCAGCUUUUCUGGGAAGGACGGACGUGUAACCUGUAAGAAUGCCAUGAACUUUUCUGAUGUUCAUCACUCUAAUGAAGAGUAUUUCAGGAAACUAAAAGAGCUGAAGGCUGCCCAUAUAGAAGCCAUGGCAAAAUUGGAGAAGAUGUGCCGGGAUAAGUUAAAUUUAAAAGAAGCUGAGUCAGUGGUCACCAGAGAGGAUUCUUCUAGUAUCUCCUCUGGCUCCACAUCAGAAAAGAAUCCCUAUCAACCUGUCUUGUUAGUGACAUCGGUUUCAGAGCCUCACCUGGGCCGAUCUUCCUCCUUGCUUACUUCUGAAGAGGACCUGCCCAGCCUGGAGAAAGAGCGUCCUGGGAGAGACGGGAUGAUGAGCUAUGCCAGGGAGCUCAUCAGCAACAUGUGGACCAACUUCUGUGUUGAAGAUUAUAUUCAGCCUGAGGAUCCUGACUUCCACACAGUUGAAAACACAGGUAAGAAACCAAAAAAGUGGACGCCCACCGUUACAAUACCUGUGCCCUUCCAAAUGAUGGUCAGAGAACAGAAGAAAAAAGAAGCGGCCACGAGAGCUAGGUCAGAGAUGGAAGUGGUGCAGAGGCUGCUGAGGAAGGAAGAAGACGACUUGGAGUGUAAGAAGUUCCGAGCCAACCCGGUUCCCACGCACAUCUUCCUGCCACUGUACCAAGACAUGCUUAAAAAGGACGAGGAGCGGAGGAGGGCCACCAAAGAGAAGAACAGGGAAAUUCUUUUGGCUUCCCAGAGGCCAUUUUCAUUUAUAGAGAGGGAGGAACAGAAGCAAGCAGCCCGAGAAAAGCAGCUUAGAGAUUUUUUUAAGGCCAAAAAGAAAACAAAGCGAUUUAGAGCCAGACCUCUACCUCAGUCUAUUUACGGGUCACCUACCAGGGACAAGUUAGAAGAGGAGGAGCUCUAUAGAAACAUUAGGAUGCCACUGAAAGCCCAAGAACUCUUACACAAUUUGUCUCUGCCCUGUAGGCCAGCACACAGACAUUUUAGGAAGCCCAGAGGUCCUGGACAGACUGCAAAGUUGAGGUGUAAACACAAGUGCAGGUGCCAGAGUUCUGGUGAUGAAGACCUCCCUGAGAAAUGGAAGGAGCCCUUCUCAGAACACAGCUUUUUGAAACACUCAACAGUCUAUAAACCAUUUUGUCUUCAUGAAUCCUCCAGUGAAUCUGCUAAAAGACAGAAAAUCUUGGCAGACAUUAGAGCCGAUGAAGAAAACUUGAAAGAAACACGCUGGCCUUACCUCUCUCCAAGGCGGAAAUCACCCGUAGGAAGUGCUUGUGCAAAGCCCAGGCCUUGUCACUACGUGCCUCCGAUGCCUACCGCCUGUUCCCGAGGACGCGAACGAGCCAUAAGGAGAACCCUUGAAGAAAAGAAAAUGUUGGAAGAAGAGAGAACUCGGAUCCUAACUAAGCAGAAGCAAAGAAUGAAGGAAUUGCAGAAAGUCCUGACAACCCGGGUUAAGGCUUAUGACUCACAUCAGAGCUUAGCUCAGAUGUGUAAAUCCAAAGUCAAAUAUCUCAGAAAGUGCGAAAAGGCAAGGAUGAGAGAAUACCAACAGGAACUGGAAGACAGAGAUGAGAAGUUGAGAAAGAGGCCGCUACUGUUUGAAAGAGUCGCUCAGAAAAAUGCAAGGAUGGCAGCAGAAAAGCAUUAUUCUAACACCCUAAAAGCACUAGGAAUUUCUGAUGAGUUUGUUUCAAAGAAAGGCCAGAGUGGAAAAGUAUUUGAGUACAUCAGCAAGCAGAUGAAAAGCUGCACUGCAGAUAAAGAAAGCUUUAAUGAGGAAGAAAAAAUAGAAGAGAGAGAGAAUGAGGAAGAAAACUAUUUUAUUGACACCAGCAGCCAGGAUUCUUGCAAGGAAAAAGACGAAGAUGUUGAAGAAAGUGGAGAAGAAAAUUCUGUUGAAGAAUGAACCUGAAAGAGCGAGGUUUGCUGUCUGUGAUGUUCAGUUGGGAGCUUCAGGACUUCACCACCUGCACUUGUGAUGUUAGGAACGUCUGUGGGGACAACACUCACAUGUGCAGGGCUUUUGAACAGAGACAUCACCUGUAAAGGCUGAAUCUAGAUGAUUGGUGAUUUGGUUAGAGUAGAGCUUUGCCUACUGCAUUUUUUAAUUGCUGUCAUGUGCUAUUUGCAACUAUGACUGUAAUUUCAAAAGUGUUUGAGGAUCACAGCUGUCACAAACUGACUAGUUCUGAAAAUGGACAUUUAUAUUUGGUAAAGAGUUUGGUAUUGAAAGCAAAGAAAUAUUGGCCUUUGGUGAUUUCUUUUAUGUUUGCUAAGUAUUUUAAGUUUCUUCUCUGACCCAUCUUUGUUUUUGUGCUUUUAUUUCUUUCUUUGAGACAGGGCCUCAUUAUAUAGCUCUGCCUGGCCUGGAACUUACUAUGUAGACCAGGUUGUACUUGAAUUCACAGAGAUCAAUGUAGACCAGGCUGGCCUUGAAUUCACAGAGAUUUGCCUGCCUCUGCCUCCAAGUGCUGGAUUAAAGGUAUGUGCCAUCACACCUGGCUUCUGAGCCUUUUAAAGUAAAUAGUGUGCUACAGGAAAAAAAAAAAGAGGUGCUUGGAAAAGUACAUUAAUUUCUGCACUGAAAAUUCACUCUUAAAUUAUCUAUACUCUAGUCAGUUUUUCUUUUUUUUUUUAGUCUUUUUGAGACAGGGUCUCCCUGUAGCCCCAGCUGUCCUGGAUUCACCAUGGAGACCAGGCUGGCUUCGAACUCACAGAGAUCCAC